AUGACAGACAGAAAAUUGCAGCUAGAAGACUGGCUGGACGACCUUUGUGUUCGAUUCAUAAUCAAUAUUCCUGCGGCUGAUCUAUCGCACGUUCCUCGAAUAUGCUUCCAAGUCGAAGAAGCGCAAUGGUACUACGAAGAUUUUAUCCGGCCUCUGGACCCAAGCCUACCCUCGAUGACCCUUCGUAACUUUUGCCUCAAGAUAUUUUUACAUUGCCCUUUACUUUCAAACUUUUCAGAAAGUAUACAUAUGCGAGCUUUUGAGGAGUUUCUUCUAUACAAGACCCGAGUCCCAGUGAGGGGUGUGAUUCUGUUGAGCGCGGAUAUGGAUGAAGUCGUUCUUGUAAAGGGUUGGAAGAAGGGUGCAAAUUGGAGUUUUCCCCGUGGAAAGAUUAAUAAAGAUGAAGACGACCUUACAUGUGCUAUUCGAGAAGCAUACGAAGAGACGGGUUAUGACCUUGAACAGUCAGGGCUCGUUCCCAAAGAUCGAAGUCUAGUCAAAGGCAUCGAUGUUACAGGACAUGGCCAACAGAUCAGAUUAUACGUUUUCAGAAACGUUCCUAGGGAAACCUAUUUCGAGGCACAAACUCGUAAAGAAAUUAGUAAAAUUGAUUGGUGGAGGUUAUCUGAUCUUCCAGCUUAUCGAAAGAAAGGGCAGCAACAAAAUCAACCAGAGGCUGCCGCGAACGCCAACAAGUUCUACAUGGUGGCACCAUUCCUACCUCCACUUAAGAAGUGGAUCUUAGAUCAAAAGAAAAAGGAUGCAAGGACGGCAGCUAACAACCAGCACUUGGAAGCUGCAGGAAACAUCAGCCACGAUGAAGGCAUCACUGAGGAUGAUCAACUGGUUGAACCAAGCAUAAAUUAUAAUGCACCUGUGUCGCAUGAUGCUGAACGGACUAGACGCAAUGCUGCCGACCUAGCUCUUUCUGCCAUAAUGCAAGUUCAACCAUCCACUCAGGGACUACAACCCAAUGCCAUUAACCCUGCGCAAUCACAAGCUUCGCAUAGCUCAGGGCAACAGUUGCUUGCUCUUUUACAUAGUAAACCUCCUGCGGAUCAACCACCACCAACUCAACCAUAUCCGCAAACACCUUUGGAAAGUACCAUUACCCAAUACCUUUCCCUAAAACUCCUCAUCAUCAGGUCUAUGCCCAAUGUGCAAUAUCGCCAUCAAAUACCACAGCAAAUCUCGCAACGAAUGCCAGCUCAAAUGCCAGCUCAAAUGUCACAUCAAUUCUCAGCUCAGAUCUCCCAGCAACCGCCACAGCACAUGUUACAGCAAGCUCCGCAACAUAUGUCUCAGCAAAUCCCGCAGCAUAUGCAACCACAACUUCCACAGCAGCGAGAACGUCAUCCAUAUCAACCCAAUUUGAUUCAUCCUCAGCCACUCCCUCCCAAUGCCCAGAAAGUGUUGUUUACCGGAGGUCCGGUACAUUCAACAAUGGUGCCACAGCAUAUUCAGCAACAACCUCCGCAUCCCAAUUUUACGACUUCUGGCCCUAUGCCCCCUCCCCAAUUUCCCAAUGUACAUUCUACCAUGGUUCCACCGCAACCAAAGGAAGCACCGGCUGCUGCACUCACUAGUCAUUCAUUGUUACUUUUAAACGCGUUCAAGACUCGCGACGAAGUAAAUGUAAAUAUCACUUCCAACUCUUUGAUUUCUGAAGGCCCGACUCAGCCGCACCCGAAUACUACGCUGCCUGAAGCUCUUGAGCUUCCAGGAGAAAGUUCUCGCUCUAUUCCUGUUCAUAUUCCUACAGAGGCAGCUCAAUCGACAAAGUCUCUUCCUACUAUAAAAGGAGGUAUUCCUAGUACGGCUAGUCAGAGUCAAACAGCUCGUCCCCCCAUCAGUGAAAACCAACGAUCGAUGUUAUUGGGUAUGUUCAAAAGUCCUGCAGCUCAACCUGCAACGCUGGCUGCGGCAUCAGCUGCUGUAGUUCAACCAUCCAAAUCACCUUCAGCGGUGGAAUUGAGCGCAGUAGAAGUUGCUUCGCCACCCGAAGUUCCACGACAAACAGCUACCAAAGAAAAUACUCCAAUUGGCAGAGCUAGUCACGAGAUUCCAGAAAUGAACCCUGAAUUUAACCUUCCAUUCGAGCUUUACAGAUGUCCAACAGUAGCAAGAGGUCCCAUCGGAGAAAUCAUUCAUCAGCCCACAAUUCCUCAAAAGGCCACAGCGAUACAGUCAAAGCCUUCCCCACUUCUUGGAGCUUCCACCAUUGCUGCUUAUUCGCCGAACCUUGCACCAUCUAAUCUGGCCGGCCCAUCGACAUCUCCACUAUCCUUUACCUCCCAAGCUCCCCAGUCAACCGAACAAAAGCAUGCUCUUUUGUCAUUGUUCGGGAAAUCGCCUACCCCCGCUGCCAGUUCGGUAUUCGGGAAAUCACCAAUGGCAGCUUCUAGUUCAAUGUCUAGAACAUCUUCGCAUGAUGGACCUUCUUCUAACCAUCUCAUAGAUGCCACGAGAAGUGCUGCAUCCAGAUCUAGAGUCGGAAGUCUGGCAUCAGGAAACGGCGAGGGCUCGUCACGCCGUGGAAGCCAAGCACCAAUAUCCCCAGCCGACAAAGGCUUCUUAUUGAAUUACUUAGACGCAGUUGCUAGUAGGGGUUAUUGA